GGGGACCACACUCGCUUGGUUACAGACCUGAGGACAGACGAGACAAAAAAAGAAAAUCCUGAUGACACUCCCUGAAGGACAAGUUCACCUGGGCUAUGGAAAAGACCAACGAUCCAAAACACAUCAGCAAUUCGACCUCUGAAUGGCUUAAAAAAAGAAGAAGAAAGAAAAAGUGUGUCAAAAUUCCCCCAAUGUGACGUGAAACACUUAUUGCAAGUUAUUGUAAACACUUGACUGCAGUUUUUGCUGCCAAGUUGGGCACAACCAGUUAUUAGGUUUAGGUGGCAGUUAUUUUUUUCAGAGGAUCAGGUAGAUUUGUACAGAUUUUAUUUCGCCUUAAUAAAUAAAAUUAUCAUCUAAAAACUGCAAUUUAGAAACAGAAAAUAAACACUUUCAGGUCGUUUUAAAGAUAUAAACUAAAUUAAUUAUUAAAUUAAUCUAAAUUAAUCUUUUCUGAUAUUCCUCGCCUCAGCUAAUAUAUAAUUUUCAUUUCUAUUUACCUUUUUUCCAUUAGAUUUUUUCUUUAAAUCAUGAAGUGUUGGCUGGCAGGCAACGUCAAUACGUCAUUUCCUGAAACCAGAUUGGGUGCGCUUGUGUAAAACGUUUCAACACACGCCAGGGGUGGAGUAUUGUGUUUUGUAUUCAUAAAUCUGAAGCACCGCCCAUUCGGCAGAUUCCAAUGAACACUGCGAAUGACUGUAAGCCUGUCAGUGAAGGCGGGAGGACGAGAAGGCAAACUUUUGAUGGACGUGAACGAGCUUUAUUUGCAUCGCGGGAACAACAGCAGUGUCAUUUAUGUUUAUCAACAGGUGACUCCAAACAGUACUUGAGCUAGUAUGUGUUAUUAUUCCUAAAUAAGCUCCUCAGCAUUCAGGGUUAGUGCCCGUGCUAUUUUGAAGCUCAUUGCGGUUAGAAGCGCUCCGAGUUGCUAAGCUAACGUCAACUUUAGAGCCGGUUUUCUUCUGGACUUUUUCAGUGGAAUGGCCCCCAGAAAACCAAAGGGAAGCGAUGCCAGACUUCCUUUCGCUGCUCUCCAGCUGCUUGCCCCGCCUGUGCGUCUGGUGUCUGCAGCCCUGUGGAAGGUGCUGAAGCGGAGGGAUGUGAUGCAGUAUGGGGUUGUGGAGGAGUUCGUGACAUCUUCCUGUGAGGCUGUGCCUGGGUUGCUCACUGUGAGACACCAGGGCAGGCUGACAGUGGGGCUGAGAGCAAGAUUGAUCUUGGAGCUGUGCAGUUCACAGCCUGAUGCUGAGGUGAUUGAGGAACACCUGGAAAGAGUCCGUGUACCUGCUGGAACUUCUUCAGUAAGUGACCUCACAGAUCACACUGCCAUUUUUGACAACUUUUAUUCUGUGCCGAAAAUGGAAGAGCUCAUAUUCUACAAAGAAGUGUUUCCUGUGGAUUAUGGAGCAACGUUUGACCAGGAGCUGGAGAAGCUGCUGUGGGAGUUUUUGGUUCGACUGGACCAGCUGCUUCCUGUUCCCAACCUAGUACAGACUGUAGCGUGGCUCAGUGACGCCCCCCCUGUCCUGGAGGAGUGUGCACGGGCAGCCACACAGCCCCAGCUCCUGAAGAUUUUACUUCAGCAUGAAACCUGCCUUGGCCACCUGCAGUCAGCAGCGUCACUACCUCCAAAUAUGGGAGACUCCAUCCUGGCUUCACUUUCUCUGCCACCAUCCGGAAGAGUCCCAUCAGAUCAGCCGACAGCAGCCAGGAAGUUGUCAGUGGAUGAAUCUGAGGGUGCCGAGCCAAAAAGCAAACCUUCAUUUAUCGCACCUGUUAUUGGACUAAUAUCGAAUGAAGACGUCCCGGUCUUGAACUCUGGCAUUAAAAGAACACAGAGAAGUGAUGGUCCAGCUGACAAUGCUGGACAUGAGCAGCUGAACUCCAAAUUCACCUCAGUGAAACAGAGGCCAAAAGCCAAAGAUAAAGGAGCGAAAGAAGGGCGAGAGCAGCUGGAGGAGGGAUGCACCCUAAGUCAAAGGAAUGGGGUGAAGCGCAAGAACUCUGACAGAGGAGAAAGCGAUUUGGAGGAGGAAGAAGUUCUAAGUGUAACAACACCCGUGGAAAAGAGACUGAGCGGGCAGACGCAGAGUAAAGGUGACCAGAGGAGGAAGGAAGGCCGAGCAGAAACUAUAAGAAAAGAGGGAUGCAGCAGGGAAGUCCUGGCAGCCCGGAUGAGAAAGCUAGGUGUUAGAACACUAUAUCACCCUGAAGAUCAACACCUCUACUCUGUUUUUGUUGAUUGUCUGAUCAUGGAGCCCAGGGUUGUCAUCGAAGAAAUGUCAGCUGCUUCUCUCAGGGCUAGUACAUCUGGGACAGAGGAAACAUCCUCUUACCAGUGCUUUGAAUCCCUUUGUCUCCCCCAGCUGUUUAUGAAACGCUACUACAAGACCAAACACGGCACCUACGUGCCCACCCUGAGGGAGUUUUGGAAACCUGCGAUGACCCGGCGCCGCUUAUUGUCUGCUGGACACAAACGGAGGUGAUGAAAUGAUUUUUUGUCCUCUACCGGCAACAUGGUCAGAAAGAAUAACAUGUUUUUAAAUGCUAUUGAGACUGAUAGACACUUUUAUCUUCCAUUUGCUUGAAAUAAACCUGACUCAGGGCGAUUAAAACUUGAACAGGUGCUUUGACAUCGUGGAUAAACGUAGCCACGGUUACAGGCAGUGUCAUACAGCUUUUUUAAAUCAUUUAAAUUGUAUUUUUUAAAAACAUAUCUAUAUUGUCUGUUACAAAUGUGAGAUUUUUAACUUGCAAUAUGUAAUAAUAUCUCUGUUAAUAAAGUUUGUGAUGUUUUGUAUGAAAUGAAAUGCAAAAUAAAAACUAGUUGA